GAGCGGUCGGUCGUGCGACGAGCUCUGCGGGUGCGGAUUUCCCCUGGUUCCGAAGACAAGGCAGCCUUGACCAUAAUGCACAAGGCGAAGAUCCACUUUUCGGGCGGUGAGCGCAUCACGUUCGGCGGAGACGAAGAGGACGAGGUGCCCCUCACCCAGCCUGAAGCCUGCGGCUCCCUCUGGAGCGACCAGGCCUCGGGCUCUCAGUCCGAGGUCGCGUUCCAGGGAGGACGACAGCCAGCUUGGACGAAAUCGAAAACGCAGCCACGCGGAAGUGGGUCGCGGUCCACGGUGCAGCGGCGGGGCGAGGGCCGCUCGUUCUCGAGGCUCCACAGGCGCUCGAGGAACUCCCGGGCCACUGGCGCCAACCGCCAUCAUUGGCCCACACUGUGGUUCGUGCAGCUGACAGCUGUCGUGAUCACAAUCGUUGUGGGAGCACUGGUGGCCCUAACUUACAUUCUCAGGGAAGCCAGCCUCACAGCUAAAGUGGUGCACGAUGCCGGUAGCGCCAUGGACGUCGACGACCUCGCAAACAGCACGAACAUCACCGCUACGCUGCUCGGGGACCGUUUCGACGCGGCAGACCUGGACAACAGCAGCUUGGAGGCGAGUGCGGCUGUGGUGAGCGGUUUUGGCUCCUCUUUCACCGCCAGCAGCGAGCCGACCACGCCCGAGGGAGUAAUUCCAUCCUUGCGAGAAAGACCUGGCGAACGGCCGAGCCAGAAGCACCACUCGAAGACAGUGCGUGGUGCCGGACCGAAGGAAGAACAACGCGUCCGCGGCAGUUCGCUCCAGCCCGAAAAUGAAGGCAAGGGACUACACCGGGAGGGCGAGGCGUCGCAGGUUCAUUCCAUCGAACACGCUGCAGAGAAGACCACCGGCUAAGCCUGCGCUACAGAGCCGCG